AAAAAUAUUAUUCCCGCCAUCGCACGUUUGUUUUGUUUUGUGUCUGAACAAAGUUAAGGUUAUGUCAUACUCACGAGGAGGAAAUUCUCAGUAUUCAAGGCAAAAUAGACGGUUUUACUAAACAUAGUUUUUGAGUCUAAGAUUAAUGUGAUAUUGAAGUUAGAGCUUGAAAUAUUUAUAACUUCGCGAUAUGGAUUCAGAUCACAAUCCAGACAAUGUGUUCAACAUUUUGGUAGCAAGUGACGUUCACUUGGGAUAUGGUGAAAAAGACCCUAUCAGAGGUGAUGAUAGCUUCAACACUUUUGAGGAAAUACUACAGUUGGCUGAUCAGAGAGAAGUCGAUUUAAUCUUGCUGGGAGGAGACUUAUUCCAUGACAAUAAACCAUCCCCUCAGUGCAUACAUCGAUGUAUGACAUUGUUGAGACGAUAUUGCUUGGGAGAUAGGCCAGUAGCGGUGGAAUUUUUAAGUGAUCAGGCAGAGAACUUUCAGCACUGUAUGAAUCCAGUUGUCAAUUAUGAGGAUCCCAAUCUGAACAUAUCAAUCCCUGUGUAUUCAAUCCAUGGAAAUCAUGAUGAUCCCAGUGGUUUUGGCCGUAUUGCGACAUUGGACUUGUUAAGUGCUUCUGGGUUGAUAAAUUACUUUGGGAAGUGGACAGACCUUACACAGAUUCAUAUUAGUCCAUUGUUGCUUCAAAAAGGAACGUCUAGAUUAGCCAUCUACGGUCUGAGCUACAUCAAGGAUGAGCGGCUCUCGAGGCUCUACAAGGACAGAAAGGUAACAAUGCUUCGGCCAAAGGAGUACGUGGAGGACUGGUUUAAUAUCAUGGUUCUUCAUCAGAACAGAGUUAUGAGAGGUGCUAAAAAUUAUGUACCGGAGACAGCGAUAGACAAGUUUGUAGACCUGGUGAUUUGGGGUCACGAACAUGAGUGUCGUAUAGAUCCAGAACUGAACCCUGAACAAGGUUUCUAUGUGAUACAGCCUGGCAGUCCAGUUGCCACGUCUCUCUGUGAAGGAGAAGCUGUUGAGAAGUUUGUUACAAUUCUAAACAUCCACAAAAAAGAGUUCAAUGUAGAGAAGAUAAAACUGAAAACAGUCCGACCGUUCGUAAUGGAUUCAUUAAAUCUUUCCAACUGCACACUGAAUCGCACUGAUGGAUUGCUCAGUGACGAAGUUCAACUUUAUUUGACAGAGAGAGUGGAAGACUUGGUCAGAAGAUCACAAGAUCAAUUGACUGGGCACAGAAAACAGCCCACACUGCCUCUGAUACGACUGAGGGUAACGUAUAGUGAGGAAAUGGAAUACUUCAACCCCAUCAGGUUCGGCCAACAGUUCUCAGACAAGGUUGCCAACCCCAUGGACAUGAUCUUACUGAAGCGUGAAAGAAAAGAGAAGAAGGUCAAAUCAGAAGAUCUGCUCGACAAGGACGCAAUAAGAAAUACUAUUGAUAAUGAUGAGGAGGCGGUAGGGGAUGAGUGGGGGAGCCGAGCUGAGACUGUGGUGGAGAGAUACUUCUCCGAAGGUGGGGACGCCAAGCAACUGAGGGUGUUGUCUGUACGAGGGUUAGCAGAGGCAGUCAAGAGGUUCAUCGACAAGGGUGACAAUGAUGCCAUCUCUGAUAUAACAAACUAUCAAAUUAAGAAAACGAUAAAGUACAUUCAAGACAAAAAGAUUGUGGCGGAUGAAGACACAGUGACAGAAGAAAUUGAAAACUUCAGACUAUAUCGUCUGAACAGAUCUGAGGAAGAAACAAGAGAUGCAGAAACAGUGCUUGACAACAGAAAUAGGAACGCUACCAAUGGUAAUGCUGAGGCAACAAUUGUGUCAGAUUCGGAUUCGGAUGGUCCUGGUACGAACGGUAACGUCCCAAAAACAACAUUGCCGUCCACUAGCCGAGGAGGGCGGGGAGCUGCGCGAGGUCGUGGUCGAGGCAGUAGAGGGAGCGGCAACUCUCCUGCGCGGGGGCGUGGUAGUCGAGGUGGCAGGGGGGCAAGAGGAGCUAACAGUUCCGGGAACAUUAAAGAAGCCCUAGCUGUCCAAAGAACGUCUUCAAGAGCAAAGCCAAGCAAAGUGAUGUACAUCUCGGAUGAAAGUGAUUGAAACACCCAUUGUGCUACGACCUUGAGAUCGCCUUUUCCAUAGUGUCUUCUUACAAUAAUACUUUUUCCCACAAGAAUGUAUUGAUCUUUACAGUUUGAGUAUUUAAUUAUUAUUCAAUAUAGCUAUUUCAUAGUGAAAAGUACAAAACCUAGUAUUAUUUUCAAGCUAUAAAUUAUUGAAAAUCUGUCAGCACCUGUUUGAUUUUUUAUGGCACUUUCAAUAGUAUUUGUAAACCUCUGUAAAAGGAACUUACUGUAAGGGUCUAUGAGAUCGCUCAAAGCUGGACUGUAUAGUCCUUACCUGUGCUUUAAACAGGCCUACCAAGUCAAUAGCCAGUAACGGAUGUCAAUGCUAAAGCUGUAAGAUUUUGCAGCUAUGACAUUUAUCUAUAACAAAAAAACCAUUGAAUACAUUUAAAGCUAAACCUAAUGUGAUUUUAGUAAUGAAUAUUUGUUACUUUUUAAAAUGAAGGUGAAAAUGAACCUUUAUCUCCUAUUUUUAUUCAUUGCUUCAGUAUUUUUUCACACGGAUACAUUAAAAUGACAGACAAUAUUUCUUCAUCGCACAAAUUCCCUCGAAAAUAUCCUACAAUGCUACCUACAAUAAAAAAUACAUCACGUAUUAUUUUUAUUUCUGUUUAACUGGAAAACUAAAAUCUUAAAAAUAUUUCUAAAGUUUAUAUUCUUGAACUAUUGUUGAAUUACUCCAAUGAGUUAGCGUAUGAUAGCUAGUAAAAAUGAUGACUGCAGUUAAUCUACACCAGGUGGAUAUUUUUUCCCUAGACUUGUACAUGUUGAUGCAUAUGGUACCGGGAUCUGCUGAAACCUAACAAUGCUUACAAGUUACAGUAUCUAUUGACACUUAAAAACAUUGAUGAGGUAUUUUCAGUGCAAUCCCAUAAACAAAAAUUAUGCUAAUAACUAAAAAUGUUGAUCUUUACGUCCAGGAUUAAAAUUUGUAUUAUUAAUAUAAAUUUUAUAUUCAAACAGCUCAUACACCAUAGUUAUGGGGAAAACGACAUUGAAAAAUAAAUAAUAUUAUACUAAAAUUGCUUUAUUUGAUAUCAAUUUAAAAUAUUUUAGUAAAACAGAUUUUGUUUUCUCAGAAAUUGUAAUUUUUAUUGCCUAUGAAAAAUAGAAACUUUACUAUUGCAAAAAAAUUACAUUUUUCAAUAGUAACUAAUUUACUAUAUGACAUUUUUUAAAUAUUAGGACAAUUCUGUUGGUUUUAAAAAAAUACUUUUUUAUUUACUCUUGCAAUAUUUUGCUUUUCAAAAAGUUUUAUAACAUAAUUUUAAAGAAAAUUCCUCUUUUAUAUGUGCUAAACUAAUUUAUUUUUUGACAUUACUCAUUAUAUUGACCUAGUUAUUGAGUUACAUAAUAAAUAUAAUUAGUCUCUCAUAAAAUAAAUUAUGGUUGAAAUUAUAAUAUAAUACCACUCACCGUACAUAUAACUACUUUAUAUUACUUAUUUAUUAUUUUACUUGCCAUAAUAGUACUCUAAACUUUCUGAGAAAUACUGUAUUUACCAAUGUACAGCUAGAGCAAACCUUGUAGGUGUUGUGAUUAAAAGAAGCUUGUAAAGUGCUGAAAAUGGGAUCACCAUUUUGAAACAUUGUACAGAUCUAGGGUUGUCAAUAUUAAUAAUAACUAUGUUGAUGUUUUUUUAGUUCCUUCUUGCAUUGAAUCUAUAUCCACUUACUAACUUUGGUCUUCCUAAGGCUGUAGUUUUGUUACAUGACUUUUCCUAUUUAUUAUGUUUCAAGACAUCAUCUGAAAGUAUAGCUGUACUAGCAUAGCUACUUUAGAACUAGAAUAGCUUCAAUUGAAAUAAUUGAACACAUUUUAAUACUAGUCCUUGUAGAUUUUCUGUUACAGUAUGCGGCUAUAGGAGACAUAAAUAGCGAUUUAGUUCUGAUUAUUUACAUUUUAAAUGUAUUAUAUUCUGUGAUAUAGAUGAAUCUGAUAUAUCAACUGUGUUGUUAAAACAUGUUUUACUCAAAUACCUAUAAAUCAUUGAGUAUAUGUUUGUUUAAAAUGUUGUAAUAUUUGAAUAAGAAUACAAUAUAAAUGGCAAAUGCUGUGUAAUUAAAUAAAAAAAGUCCAGUUGCA